AAAACAAGAUUUUUUUUUUUUUUUCGUCUAAACCAAUUUCAUUUUAUCUGGCAAUUGCACCCACCUCCCUCCCCCCCAUCUCAUCUCAUCUAACCUCAUCUAUCAAUCCAUGAAGCCUAUCUUCCCUUCCUAACCUUACGUUUGCUUCUUCCUUGGCAUAGUAAUCUCCUCCUCUUUCAAUAUCUUGCAUUUAUUCAAUCAUCAGUUAAAAAACCCUAAUUGGAAGUGCAAGUAUUAGAGAGGUAUGUCAAAAAAAGGAGGAACAAUCCCUGGGCUUCAAAAGGAUGUCCCAUGGAGGGUAUCUACUUCAAAACCCAUUCCCAAAAUCCACCACUCUCCUAUUCUCCGCGUCUCUCAAAACCCAUUUUCCGAUUAUGCCGUCUCUGUCAUGAAGCACCCUAAUCCCAUUGGAACCGGCAUGGCUACUGAAGCGCUUGUGGAAGCUGCUGGUCCUGAUUGUAUCGUCCCUGGCCAGAUUACACCCUUUCGUGUACUUGGUCUUAAGGUUUGGCCUAUUGAGUUUGACUUGAAAUUUAUGGAACCUGUUGGACGAGAACUUAAGUUACUUGGAAAGUUCAUGGAUGAUGCUGUCAACCUGAUGAACAAGUCUUUUGUAGACCGCUAGAUGGUUGGCGUUUUUGGUUAUUGCUGGCAGCUGCAGUUUGGGUUCGCCACUAGCAGAAGCCUAGCCAAGCAGAGUUGCUAUAGAUAAGAUAUCCUUUUAUGUUAUCUUGCCAAUUUCUAGUUCUAAUGACAAUUUCAAGUCAGUAGUCGGACAGUUUUAUGUUGGAUGCUGACGAGGAUUCUGUUUCUUCAAUGUUCUUUUGACCCUACAGUUUUGUCCUGCUUGCGUUUUCUCUUAAAAUUCAAUGACAUCGAAAAUCGACAACACUUGCUUAAAAAGAUGUGGUUUAAUAAAAGGUCUGGAGCAUGUAGUUUUGAUGUGUCUAAUGCCUUGAGAAUGAUUAUUAUUGGUUUGUGAUGUACAAUAAUGUGAUCAUAGAUAGCAUCCAAUUCAAUUGAUGCUAUGAGCUACUUGUGGUCUUUAAGGCGAUGGUAAAAUAUUUUGGCAGUUGUAUGGAGAAUUGUUAGAGCAAUAAUGUUAAAAAAAUAAGCAUGAAGUGUGCGAUGCAACUUGGUUACUUCUCUGAUUUAUUUAUGUGAACUCUUCCUCAGCGCAAUGGCCCAAGUGUUAAAAUAUUGUUUCGUCAUCACCAAACAACACGUUUUUAGCCCGAAUGGAAUUGUCCUUUACAAGACAUGAGAAGAAUGCUAGCGGGACUUAAAAUUCUUUUGACCAAGAUUCGUUAGGUAUUUCAUCUUAUGUGAUGUAAUUGUUAUUUGUUUUAAAUUGAUGGUAAAGAGAGAUCCUGAGAAUAAUCUGUGUGGUCCUUGGGAUAAUCUUAGGAGCAUGUUUUUCACAUCAGCCUAGCAUGUUAGAAGGAUUUAUUCUUCUACUAGUUUUAGAAUGGAUAUUAUUUAAUUAUAGAAUGGAGAGGUUAGCAAAUCAUUAAUCACAAAGUGUAACGCGAUUUAAUAAAGAACUUGGAAAAAUAAAGGGUGCCUGUUUCUUGAUUUUUUGAGAAAGGUAUUUCUCAAGACAUGCACGAAGAUAAUUUGGCUUCUUGCUGGUUUGUAAUUCCAGCCAAGACCAGAGAGGAAAAAUAAUCCAAGAGCAGGGCUAUGAGCACGUCCUGCACAGCAUGUAAAUGCGAGUUUGAGUUUGGAAGUAAAGCUAAAAAUGGUGAUGCAUAAAGGGAUCAGAACUCCAUCUAUCUUCAUGUCAUUAUUAUUAAAACAGCCUAGAAUGUCCAAAUUAAAAACAUUUUACUUGGAUUUCAUUUAAGCCAACGGUAGUGUUACCACAAACUAGUGCUAUCCACCUAUGGUGCCAUGUAAGAUUUUCUGGUCACCCUUUCAUUUGCUUUUCCCCUGCUAUUAGCCACCUUGUUCGACAUAUAAGAAUACGAAAACCUCUCCGAAGUAGUCAUUACAAUAAUGGCUUAUAAAGGAGACAAAUUGCGUAAAGGGCCUUGGCAUGAGGAGGAAGAUGAGCGAUUAACAGCUUCUGCAACUCUUGUAGGAGAACGAAAGUGGGACUCCAUAGGAAGAUUAUAAGGUCUGAUGAGGAGCGGUAAGAGUUGCAGAAUGAGGUGGCUGAACUACCUUCGACCCAAUCUUAAGCGCAGUCAUAUAAUUGCUGAAGAAGAGCAGAUUAUUAUUCAAUUUCAUGGGCAAUGGGGUAACAAAUGGGCAAGGAUUGCUCGAAGGUAGCCCGGCAGAACUGACAAUGAGAUCAAGAACUACUGGAGAACUCAUAUGAGACAGGAAAUACAAACCCAAGAAGAAGGAAAUUUUCAGUCCAAAGUUUACAGUGCCAAACCAGAGUUGCUGUAUCAAAAUGGCGACAGUACUAGUGCCUGGAAAUAUAGCAUCAGAUAAUACAACUCUGUUGAUGAUAAUAUCGGACCCGCAGGCUCUUCCUUGGAACAUUACGAGUUAUCAAGCCUGACACGCAGGAACUCACCAUAUGAGACCAGGCAGUAUGAUUGGAUUCCAAAGUUGUUCAGUGAUUGAAGUCAAACAGAAAUUCAUGGGGACGGUAAUGGUUUAGACUGGUGUUUCUGUGAUCCAGCUUGGAACUCUGAAGAUAGUGACACUAGCACAUUGGUCUCCUUGGGUUCUCUCUGGGAUAUGAAUUAAGCGCACACAUGAUAGUGACAUUGACAGUUGAAUCGCAAAUAUGCAAAAGCUUCAAACUGUAAAAAAGAUGUGUUUUGGCCACGUUUGCUAAAUAUCAACUUGUACUAAUAUGAUCUUAAAACUUGUUGCUCAUGAAUAUAGAUUUGUGUUGUUUUUUCAUUAUCAUGCUAAAUCCACCGUAACUUAUCUUU